UGAAACGUAGCGGUAGUAUCCCUCGCUCUCAGCUCCCAGUCCAUAUACUACUCCUCGCCACCACCUCGACAGUACCCACACUGUCUCUCUUCACUCUUUCCUUCCUCUCUACCGGGUUCUGGUGCUCCGCGGUGAUGGGAAGACAAUGAGGACCGGGUGCCUUCUCCCGCUGUCAUGCCGCCCUCCCCCUCCCCCUCCCCCUCCGACUCCUCCGCCUCCUCCUGCUUCGACCUCCUCUGCGGCGAGGACGCCGGAGAGCUCGCCCCGUUCGGCGACGGCCAGCCGAUCGCCGGCUUCGUAGGAGGCGAGGGGGCGGCCGCCCGCUCGGCCGGGCCCGACUCGCUCGACCCCGUCGCCCGCCGUGACGCCGUCGCGUGGAUCCUCAAGGUUCGCGCUUACCACCGUUUCCGUCCGCUGACGGCGUGCCUCGCCGUCAACUACGUGGAUCGCUUCCUCUCUUCUCACCGCUUACCGCAAAAUGGAUGGGCACUGCAGCUUCUGUCAGUGGCCUGCCUCUCACUGGCUGCAAAGAUGGAGGAGACAGUGGUGCCAUCCCUGUUGGACCUGCAGGUUGAGGAUGCCAAGUUCAUCUUCGAUCCUCACACAGUGCUUCGCAUGGAGCUUCUUGUGCUCGCCGCACUGGAUUGGAGGCUUCGAUCUGUGACGCCUCUCAGUUUUGUUGAUUUCUUUGCCCACAAGAUCGAUCCAUGCGGUAGAACAGCCAGGUUGCUGGUUUUGCAGGCCACACAAGUCAUAUUAGCAGCAAUGCACGAGGUUGACUUCCUAAGUCACUGCCCACCAGCACUUGCUGCAGCUGCCAUGAUCUGUGCAGCUGAUGAAACACAGGAUCGGACCUUUGUUAAUCCUGCAACCGCAGCAUCAUGGUGUGUUGGGCUAACUGAGGAGGGAAUUGGCAAUUGCUGUCGACUGAUGCGACAGGUUGCUGUGGAUCAAAGGCUGAGGAAGUCUCCAAUGAUCCUGUCGCAGCACAGAGUGACCAGUCCAGUUAAAAGGGAGUCAGGCAUCUCAUCUUCCUCCUCAGCUCCACCCACCAAAAGGAGGAAGCUCAACAGCAACUGCAAUUGAGUGGCUGAUGAAAAGAGACCUUGCUACAAAUAAAAAGGAUGGGCCUUGGGGAAUAAGAAGAGGAGUGGGCAUGACACUUGUUGGCUUUGCAGAUUUCUCACAUCAUAAACAAGAGGUUGGUUUGAUUCCACAAAAUGUGCAGAUUAGUAUAUUGUGUGUGUAUGUCUAGUGAGUUAGGCACUCUGGAUAAUGUUUUUUUUCCUUUCCUUUUUGCUAUUGAGUAAGCCAUGAUGGCAUUAGAGUUGCAGAGUCCCAAGGGAGGGGGGUCUGCUGCCAUUGUUGAUGUAUUGGUUUGUGAGGACUGUGAGGAGUACUUGGUUUCUUUCAUGGCCACUGUAAAAUGAUGGGGGUUGGAAUUCAAGGAGGGAAGAAGGUAACUGGAGAGAGAGAAAGAGAGAGAGAAGGUCCAGAUCUCAUGUUGCUGGUCAAACUGCUGCCUCAACCUCAUCUCUUCUUUUUGUUCCUGUGUGGAGGUUUUGUUCCUUGAGCUGUGUGAUCGUGAGUGUCAUGCAUGUGUUUUUGAGCAUGCUUGUCAGCCUGAAGAGGGUGGCAGUCACUGAAGCUUCAGGCUGCAUCCUGGAGAUGGUGAUGCAAAUAUUUGUGUCUGUAUAAAGGCCAAUUGACGGCUGUCUAUUCUGAACAAUCUGCAAUACAAAACCUGAUAUUUCUAUUGUUAA